CGCUGUCACUUCCACGCUGCCAGCACGAGGAGAGAUCAGAGACGAUCAGCUCACACCAAAGACACUUAAGACUUUUACACUAACUCUUCCACCGUCAGGCAGCACAAUGGUAGACGAAAAGAUCUCAAUAGGAGACGGAAAGAUGUCCAACGGUGUAGCGCACCAGGACGACCCGACCCUCGCCAACGGUUUGGGCGAUCACAAGAGGAGCGCGCCGGAGAGCACCGGGCAGAAGCUGAAGCAUUUCGUCAUGGCCAAUCUGCUGGUCAUCCUGACGGUGUCCGCGGUCAUCGUCGGUGUCUUCAUCGGGCUCGGCGUGAGAAGCGCCGGCUUGAGCCGCACGCAGAUCAUUUACUUCGGGUUCCCCGGCGAGCUCCUCAUCCGCCUGCUCAAGAUGAUCAUCAUUCCUCUGGUGGUCUGCAGUCUGGUGUCCGGGGCGGCCAGCCUGGACCCCAAAGCCCUGGGCAAGCUGGGCGGCUGGGCGAUGCUCUUCUUCCUAGUGACCACUCUGAUCUCGUCCACCAUCGGCGUUAUCAUGGCGUUCAUCAUAAAGCCGGGCUCCAGCGACGGCCAAAAAAUGUCCAGCCUCCACCAGGACGACACACAGGUUCCUGAAGCCAAAGAAGUCAUCGACUCGUUUCUAGACUUGAUCAGAAACAUCUUCCCUUCGAACCUGGUAUCAGCUGCCUUUCAGUCGUAUACCACUGUUUACAAGAAUAAAAAUAUUACCAACUCCACCAACUUGACCGCCUUCACUGUGGAAAAGAUUCCAGCUGGCAAAGAAGUGGAUGGAAUGAACAUCCUGGGUCUCAUUGUUUUUGCCAUGGCGUUUGGUGUGGCCUUGAGGAAACUUGGAGAGGAAGGAGAGAUCCUUAUCAAGUUCUUCAACUCUUUCAACGAGGCCACCAUGGUGUUGGUCUCCUGGAUCAUGUGGUAUGCCCCACUGGGUAUUAUGUUCCUGGUCGCUGCUAAGAUUGUAGAAAUGGAGGAUGUUGGCUUGCUGUUCGCCAGCCUGGGGAAGUACAUCAUCUGCUGUGUCAUUGGCCAUGCCAUCCAUGGUAUCCUCGUCCUCCCGCUCAUUUACUUCCUGUUCACACGGAAGAAUCCAUACACUUUCUUGCUGGGAUUGGUCACUGCUUUGGCCACUGCCUUUGGAACCUCCUCUAGCUCUGCCACGUUGCCCCUUAUGAUGAAGUGUGUGGAGGAGAACAACGGCGUGUCCAAGCAGAUCAGCCGCUUCAUCCUGCCCAUCGGAGCGACUGUCAACAUGGACGGAGCCGCUUGUUUCCAGUGCGUAGCUGCGGUGUUCAUCGCUCAGCUGAACGGAAUCCCGCUGGACUUCGUCCAGGUCAUCACCAUCCUCGUGACUGCGACGGCGUCGAGCGUGGGUGCUGCUGGGAUCCCUGCUGGAGGGGUGCUGACGCUGGCCAUCAUUUUGGAGUCAAUAGGCCUGCCCACCAACGAUCUGUCCCUCAUCUUGGCUGUGGACUGGCUUGUCGAUCGCACUUGCACGGUCAUCAAUGUUGAAGGUGACGCCUACGGAGCAGGUCUUCUGCAGUAUUUUGUGGACCGUGAGUCCAGUAAAGAGGGGGCGGAGCUAAACAAAGUGCGAGUGGAGAAAGAAGACCCCGCCUCCAGGCCAGAAAGUUCACCUCUCAUCGAGAAACAGGGAAAACUUGAAUUGGAAGAGGCCGCUGGACCGAAACCCUGUGAAGAGGAGUCCUUCAUGUAGACUUGAACAAUAUUUCAACAAACUUUCCUUCAGGACCUGUCUGAUCUCACUAAAUCAAUCUCUGCAUCCACGCGGUGACCAUGGGAGAGAUACAGGUUUAGAUUAAGACAGGACAAAGACUACAUCCUUUUGACCCUCCUCUAUGCCCAGCUCUUUAUGAAAGGGGUCUGCCAAAACGUACGCACAUUUAGAUGGGAAAAAGGCUUGAACAAUUAUUUAUUAGAUGCUGGUCAGACGUUUUGGAAUUCACUCCUUUUAUAAAAAAUGAAAAAAAAAAAAAACGUA